AUGUACACCCAAAACCAAAGCACUGUGACAGAGUUCAUUCUUCUUGGCCUCUCAUCGGAUCCUUUUAUACAAGUCCUGCUGUUCAAUAUUUUCCUGGUAGCUUACAUGUUCACACUGACUGGGAAUUUUCUUCUCAUUCUGGCUGUGAAGACUGACAAACGUUUGCACAACUCCAUGUAUGUCUUCCUGUCUAGUCUCUCUUUAUUGGACAUCUGCUGCGUUUCCGCCAUUGUACCCAAAAUGUUAGUAAAUUUUCUUUCAUCUAAAAAGAGUAUUUCAUUCACUGGCUGUGCUGUCCAGUUCUGUGCUGUCCUGACCUUGGGGCAAACUCAGUGUCUGCUUCUGGCAUUCAUGGCCUAUGACCGGUAUGUGGCUAUCUGCAUCCCUCUGCAUUACAAUAUGAUCAUGAACACAACGGUCUCUUUUUGUAUUGUCAGCAUAUCAUGGUUGACUGGUUGCGUCAUUUCAUCUUUUGACACAUAUUUUACAUUCAACUUAACCUUCUGUGGCCCUAACACCAUCAACCACUUUUUCUGUGAGCUCCCUCUGUUGCUUCGGCUCUCUUGCAGUGGCAUCUCAGUAAUGAACAUCAUAAAACUGAUUUUCUUGCCUUUAAUGCUUUUCAUCCCACUUUCACUAAUCCUCUUUUCAUAUAUCCGAAUCAUAAUUGCUGUCAUGACAAUUCGUUUGGGAAGAAGUAAAGCAUUUUCCACAUGUAUUCCCCACCUUGUGGUGGUGGUCAUGUUCUAUGGAUCGGCCAUGUUUAUGUAUGUUAGACCGGAACAUUUGGUUUCAGGAGACACAGACAAAAACACAGACACAGACAAAAGGGUUGCAGUGUUUUACACAGUGAUCACCCCGAUGCUGAACCCCUUGAUCUAUAGCCUGAGGAACAAAGAUGUUCAGAAAGCCAUAAGGCAGCUGAUAAGAGCUAAGAAGGAUUGCAGUUGA